CAGUCAACUAGGAACACCCAUCUGGGAUGAUCAGAACAUGUAAAAGGAAUAUGGAUCUGGAAUGAUCUUCCUCAAACAGAACUGCCUACAUCAGGAUUUUGGAAAAAAGAACAGUUUGAAAACAUCAAAAACUUGUUUAUUAUUUUGUAAUAUUUUAUUCAAUUUUAAUAAAAGUAUUGUGCAGUUGAUGGAUAUUUUUUCCUCGGAAAAAAAUGGACUUCUUUCCUAAAGAUUUUGCUAGUAUUCAUUACUGCUAGAAAUUUUUGAGCUAAGAUUUGGGCCAACUGUGUCGUUUAGCAGUCCAGAAGGGACUCCCAGACUUUUCAUACUGUGACUCAGUUAACUCUGUUUAUACAGCCAGUUCCAUUCAUUCACUGAACUCAAUCACACCCUUUGAGGUGGUUGAAAGAUUUUAACAGCUUGUCAGGGUACGCUGUCAGAUUCAUUAGAACUGAACAUUUACAAUUGUUUGGCAUUUUCAAUAUAUAUGCAUAGAGACAUGCACACACAACAGCUGGAAAAAGAGGUGGAGACAUCUGGUCAUUUAGAAGGCAUGCAGCAUCAUCCUAGCUGGCGACCAGUGGAUUCUUAAACUACUUCCAUCAUGUUGAUUCACUGGAGAAAUGAGCUUCCUGGUUCAGACAUGCCAAAUUAUCAACAGGCUCUUUUGUUUUCUGUGCUCACCUCGGCUUCUUUGGAGUGGCAAGUGCUCAAGGACCAGAAGGAAUUUGCUGUUGGGCACUGCUUUUGUGAUAUAUUUAGGCUUCCUUGUCAGUCAAGUAGGUCGUGUUGUACCACAACACAGAAAAGGACUCUCAAAAGCAAACUCUUGGAAUCUUCAAUAUGUUGCUCAACCUCAUUUUUCUGAAAUCCCGAUGGAUAGUACCUGGUCAUUUUCUGACCUUGAAAAAUCUAAAAUGGGGACAGAUAACACAUCAGUGUUGCCUAAUGUGGUAUACAUCACUUUGCGAUCCAAGAGAAGGAAACCUGCCAAGAUUCGGGGCACUGUGAAGCCCAAGCAAAGGAAGAAGCAAGUAUUACCUUUGCAGUAUGGAAAUGAGAACUCACUAGAUGGCAUAAUCCAACAUAAGCCAUUUUAUGGUAAAUCUAUGGACAAGAGAAAAGGAGGAGCAGUUCCAGAGAAAGCUAGGCAGAAACAACAGCAGAAAGAAAAACAAAUGAUUCAAAAUAUAAAGCAUUGGAGACCUGAAAAGAUUUUAAGAGACCUAAAUGUUCAAACUAAUGUUCAGGAGAGCAAUAUCAGGAUGUACAGUGAGAGUCCACCUUCUUGGUUGAGUAAAGAGGACAUCCUAAGUAUGCGUUUUAUGGCAGAUUCCAAAAUAAAUAGUGUUCAAGAAGUGCCUACCCAACAUGGAGUACUGCUAGUAUUUGGGAGAACACAGCUUGAUAAUAAGUCAGUCAAAGAAGACAUAUGCAGUCAAGGUCACUGUGGCAUCAUCAAGAGACCACUUGAAAUGAGUGAAGUGUUUGCUUUCCAUUUGGACAGGAUCCUAAGGCUGAAUCGGACUUUGCCUACCAUAAGCAGAAAAUUGGAAUUUGUACAAGAUGAUGGACCACGCCCUGUCAUUCUUUGGGAUCCCUCCUUGGCUCAGACAGACAACGAGACUCAUUCUUCACUGAGACUCACCUGGGGAGCCUACAAGAAGCAACUAAAGGAAAAGUGCUGGCAAAAUGGAAAAAUACCCAAAGCAGAAUGGGGAUGUACUGAUAUCCAUUACCAUGAAUGGUCCAAGAUGGCACUUCUUGAUUUUCUUUUACAGAUCUAUCAUCGCUUGGAUAAGAACUGUUGUGGAUUCAAACCACGUAAAGAGGAUUCCUGUGUACAGAAAAGGCUAAAUCGGCAAUGUGAUGACCAAGACAACAUAGCGUUGACUCACAUUAUUCAGAGAAAGGAUGACCCAAGGCAUUUGGUCUUUAUACAUAAUAAAGGUUUCUUUGACAGAAGUGAAGAUAAUCUGGAUUUCAAAAUAUUACAAGGCAUUAACGAAUUCCCUGAAUCUGCUAUUUCUGUGCUGAAAAGUCACCAUUUGCGGGAAAAACUGCUUCAGUCAUUGUUCCUGGACAGAAUUUUUUGGGAUAGCCAAGGAGGACGUCAAGGCAUUGAAAAGUUGAUUGAUGUUGUAGAGCAGAGAGCCAAAAUACUUCUCACCUACAUUAAUGCUCACGGAGCAAAAAUAUAUCCAAUGAAUGAAUGAGUCCGAAAUCAUUAAAGACAAACACACACUGAUAAAAAAGUUCUUGAUAUAUUUAUGUUGUAAUUCUAUAUACUUGGCUGAAUACAAAUUCAAUGAAGUUUAUGAGCUUAUUUAUAGAUUUAUUCUGACAAACAGCAAACAUGGGACUUAAUUAUCCGAUUUCACAUUUAAGAAAUACAUGUUGCUCUUCAUAUUUUUUUAAAAAAAUGAACAUUGCUAAUGGAAUCCUAAGGUGUUUUUGUUUUAUAAAAGCAUCUUAUCUCCAGGGUUGUAUAUAUUCAGAUAAUUGUAUUCAAAUAUUGUAUUCAGCAAAGAAGACUAGUUUUGCCUAUUCUUCCCUAAUCUCCAGUUACCUGAAAACAAUACAUCGACAUUGCAGGAUCCUGCUGAAUAGAAUGAGUUUUAAUAGAAGAACAGGGAUAAUUCCUAAAAAUCCUUAAAGAUUUUCCUCUGUUUGUUUGAUUUUAUUGGGAAUAAAAUAAAACAAUUGGAGAGAACAUGUCUUUUAUGACAAAAAUUGCAACUCUCUAUUAAUUUCACUGAAACUGUUCUUAUGAUAGUUCAAAUACUUGCUUAAUGAAAAUGCAAACAUAGAAUCAUUGCUUUUUCUCAAUGAAAAUAAUUGACCUCAAUUUGUGCUGACAUUUAAAUUAAGCUCUAAUAUUGUUUAGUAAAUUCACUAAAUUCUUUCUUGUAAUUAGAAAAAUGUUAAAUUUAUAAACAUAUAUGCCAUAAACUAAGUGUAUAUGUAAUGCAAAUGCUAAAAUAUUUUUCUUUGAAUGUUUGGAUAAGUAUGUGAUCAUAGCAGGUAUCCAAAAUGUUCAUUAGUUGGUUCAAACUGAUAUAUGAAAUAUAGCUCCACUGCUACCAUACGUUCCUUCUGGGCUCACAUUUUCCCAUUAUAGGCACAUAAUAGAAAAAUCACCAAGCCAAACAGCAUUACAGCUGUUAGAAUACUGCAGUGCCAAAAAAAUUAUUGGCAGAAUUCCCCUGACAUCAUUUAGAGUUAGACUAUUCUUGAGUCCUGUGCAAGCAAAAUAAAAAAAUAAUUAAAAAAAAAAUCUUCCUCUGCGCUUUCUUAUCUUGUUCUCUUUCAAUUUCAAUUUCUUUUUUUAAACUGAUAUUAUUAUUAAAAUAGGAAAAAAGUGCCAUAAAAGAACAUUCUGCAUAUCUUUCCAUAACUAAGUUCCUUUCACUAAGAUUUUAGAAGCAAAGCUGCAGACCUCUGGAAAGAUCUUCACACAUUUGUAGUCAUCCAGAAUCAUAUAUAAUCAUAUUUUGACCAGCAUUUUGUUUGUUUUGAUAUAAAUUUUGAAAUAUUUUUGCAUCAAAUUGAACGAGAAUAAUAAAAGAACAAACAACUGUUUCUUGAAUACAUUUUGAAACAGUUGUGUUUCUAGAUCAAACAUGACCAGAAGUUUCACCAAUGAAAUAAAGUUUUGCGUGUGCAAAACAAAGACCAUUGUAAUUUUAGCCUACUUAACUUGUUCCCUUGCAUUCUGAAAUAGUGUAACUAUUCUUUCCACUAAUAUAUUCCAAGUACAUUAGUUAAACACAAACCUAUAAGGGUUCAAAAUAUUAUUAUUUGCAUAGAGGUUUUAUGCAAAAUGUUAGUGUUAUGCCAUUAAAAAGUUGGAGAGAAAUCAUUUUGAGCCCCUACCAGCAGAUUUUUGCCUUGGCUUUUUAAAUUAAUUAUGCUAAAUGAAUUUUAAAAAGUAUUUAUAUUAGUUAAACACUUUUGCAAAAUAAAAGUAGCUACCAAAGAAAUUUUGAAAUAUAUUGCCUGCGUAGCAGUAGAAUUUUCUAUUAUAGAUGCCUAUCUUACAGAGAAACAGUAGUCCUCAUGACAUAAUAUGGUAACGUAGUCAUAUAUGUUUGCAAAUGGUUGAUCCCUUUUAACUAUGCAUGGAAUUUCACUGAUUUGAUGAAUCAGCUGGAAUGAAUGGGAACACCUACAUAGAAAAGAAAUGGAUUGAAUCAACAAGACAGCAUAAAACCAACCUUUUUAUACUGCUUUAUCAUAACAUUCCGAGUAUCUUCAUUUGUCUUGUCCUUUUAGUAUAUUAAAGUAUACCAACUGAUAUCUUUAAUCAUACGUCAGAAAAGUUACACUGAAUGUAAAUACUAAAUAACUCACAUAAAAAUAUGAUCUUUCUUUCUGAAAUAAAAUGUUUUGUCCCCUCAUCUAUAAA